UCCAGACAAGUAAAGACGAAGGGUGGGCCUGCUGGGCGUUUUCGCUCUGGCGAAUAUGCGAAUUUCAAAUUGCGCUGCAAUGCGAUGCGCCAAUGCUGCAGCUGUCACGUUGGGGGUGCCUCCUCGACAACACUGCUGCUACCGUGUAGGAGAUGGAACUGCUGACCAUCCAACGGUUGCAACUCUAGUGCAGGGCUAUGGCCAUUUCAGGUCGGUUCGGCAUCUGGAACAAGUUUUCGCUGGGAGCAAACAGCUCACCUCGGGGUAAUUCUCUGAAGGGGGGUAAAAUGGCGCUUGUCGGUGCGGUAGAUGGUGUCCGGCAGAGAAGGGGCGCUGCAUGACGCGACAAGUCCACAUCUGCUUGGCCGCACGGGGAGCCACGUGGAUACGGCGGCCAAACAGAGCCGGGGACGCCAUCCCCCAAGAUAAGCUUCUCCCCUGCUGCUGCUGUAGUUGGACACCGCCAAGCAGCCAAACAGGGCCUUUUCUUUUGUCAAGGGUUUCUCAACCACCCGGACCCGGCUCCAGAUCCUCGGGCCCGGUUCAUCGGGCCCGGACAGUUGCGCCUACUGUCGCUUCCACCUCCAGGCUGAGCACGAGAAGAGGCCUUUUGCCCUUCAACGAUGCAUGGGCUUUUGUUCUGGGGCUUCUACGACCGCCGGAUGUCAUUCUCAAUCCCUUUUCGCCUGCCGUGGGACGGGCCGUCGGAAGGCAUAUUGUAGGAGCCAUUCGAGAUGGGACGAUGGAGAAGACACGGCUCGCGAGGCCUGCAUUGGCACCCAAUAUUUGCAACGUCUUUUUGUUCGAAUCCUUUCUAGAAGGCCACGGUAUAUCACCCAAGGGCCGUCCUAUAGCCGACUGGCCAAGCGCAUGUGCGCCCCAGUCGUGCAGGCUUCCCCUUCACCCUCCUUGUUUCGCACGAAACUUCCUGGUGUGGUUGAUAAGGUUCUGACGAUACCGAUUGUCGAGGGCAUGCAGGUCUGGGGCAGAGCCUCAGCAUUCAGACCUCGAUUGGACAGCCAAGAGACUGAAGACUCGCUGGAGCGGGACGAACUCACCACAAGUUCCCC